UCAUAAGUACAUACAAAAAAAGGGCAAAGCAACCACAACGGCAAAGAAAACACGCCAAACAGGUUCUAGGCCUGAUGCCGUGUCUAAAGUCGGAGAAGCACUCCACCUCUGUCUCUCUCUCUGUUUCUGUCUGUCCUGCCUCCAUCCUCUCCUCUUCUCUCCUCUCUGCCUCGCUGCGCGGGUAAACCUUUGAUUGAUCUUUCGACUGCAUGUUAUUCUUGAUGUGUGACAAGUGAAAAGCCUUAAAAAGGUUGGGUUUUGUGUUUUUUGAUUAAUUGUUAACUGGUGGUUGAAAUGUCGGAGAAGGGAGGCAAAGGGUUUUCAUUGCCCACCAAAACAACACCUAAAUCUGCUCUCAAAUCUACCCCGGCUUCUGCCACUGCGAGACAUGGAAAAGACGAUAAUUCUGCAAGAUCAAAGAGGGGAAGGAAAGUUCAGUUUGGAACGGAAGGUUUAACUGAUCUUGGAUUUAAUUUCUCAUCGCUAAAAUCUGAUGGCAAGUUUGCAAUCCCUGUUGGAAAAGGUGACUGGGCCAAGGGAGGAAAGGGAGAAAAGGUAGUCAAUGGUGGAAAGGCCCCUGUGGCAAAAGAAGCAAAGUCAUUGGAGCUCAGAGUUGAACAGGAACUUCCAGAAAAUGUUAAAUGCCUCAUGGAUUGUGAGGCUGCAAAUAUUUUAGAAGGCAUCCAGGAACAAAUGGUUAUGCUCUCUCAAGAUUCAACUAUUAAGCUCCCCGAAUCAUUCCAUUUAGGACUGCAGUAUGCCAAGACUCAUAGCUAUUAUACUAAUCCCCAGUCUGUCAGACGAGUUCUUGAGGCUCUUUCAAAAUAUGGUGUCUCUUACAGUGAGAUUUGUGUGAUUGCAAAUACUUGUCCAGAAACUGUUGAUGAAGUUUUUGCUCUUGUUCGAUCCUUGGAGGCUAAGAAAAGCAGGCUCAGUGAACCACUUAAAGAUGUAUUGGAUGAGCUAGCUAAACUUAAAAAAUCCACCUGAUGGCAUGUGCAGAUGCUCGGGUUGCUAGACUGUUAGUGGCUGUGAGGUAUGCAUAUUUUUGAGAGGAACCCGUAUCGGACUUGGCUUGAAAAGGAGUACCCUCUUCUUAUUAUUAUCGAUGGUUGGACCCUCACCAUUUUCAUGAGCAAGAGACUAGAGGACCUUGUGCAGGGUUUUGUAACUAUCGGAUUUCCUUAUGAUAAGAAUUUGUGGUUGAAUAGAGAUAUUGUAUCUCUGGCAGCAUUCGUUUGACGGUGAUUGUUGUUUCAUGAUCGGUAUGUUAAUAUGUGAGAAAUGAACCUCUCUGCAAUCUCCUUUGAUAA